AUGAAGUGGCACCACCUCGCGCUCCUGCUCGCGCUCCUCCUCGUCUCGCUCCUAUCCUCGUCCGCAAGCGCGUCCGCAUCCGCAUCCGAUCCUCAUCACGCACCACACCUCGUAGCUCGACAGGCACCCGUCCCCGCUCCCGCAUCAGCAUCGGCCUCGACAUCGGCUUCGGCAUCGUCGUCGGCCGGCGCUCCGGCAUCGACUGCCUCGGCGGGUUCGGCGGCAGGUGGCGAUGCCACCGUCUCGGCGGAUACCAACCAGGGCUCGUGUCAGAUGACCAACAAGCUCAGCGUCAACCAGCAGGCUUCUUGGAGCAACGGCAUCAUCAACACGUGCUGCGUCUACGCCACCUACUCGACGUGCUACCUGCGCAUCCAGUCGACCGUAUCGGGCGCCGAGGCGUGCGAGAUCCCAGACUGCAACGACCUCGCCUCGAACGACCGCGCAAAAAUGAUUGGCUUCAACGCCCUCAACUCGACAAACGGACAGGGAUCCCUUGGCAACAUCUACCCGAGCUUCGGUCAGGGCAACGGCGCGCGCCGCCAAGGGACAGCGCGCCUCGUCGUCUCCCUCGUCGCGGCCGUGGCCGUGUCCGGGCUGGCGCUGGUCGUCUAG